CAUUAAGCAGGGGAAAGCGAAGAGAAGGAAAGGGGAGAAGACCGAACGCAUUCAGGUUUAUCAUAAUAUCCUACCUUUGACAGCUAAGAAGAGCAAGGAGUAUAUCAGAAAUGGUGAGAUCUACUUCUAGCUUUACAUGAAUUUUACAUUGAAUUUGAAAACAGUUUAAUUAUUACCUAGAUGAUUCUAUGAGCUCUUUGCUUGAUAAAUCUGGAAUUUCAAAAUAAAGAAAGCAGAAGAAUGUCGAGUAAGCCCCUUAUUCACGUCUCUUAGAUGCCAGUACAAGUAAGGGUAAAGUAAUCAUUAAAUUGCCUUCUGAGGUACGGAUAGGUCUUGAUGAGGAUAUAAUAUUUAAUUAGGGUGAAAAUAAUCAGAUGAAGAAGACUGUCACUUCAAGAGCUCCUUCUUCAAAUUUGGCUGUAAAUGCACAGAAAAUAAAUAUUCUUGAAGGUCACAAAAGGAAGAAACAUGUGUUCACAAAUCAUUCUAAUUUGAUUAUUUAUGAUAAAGGAUUUGUUGAUGGCCAAUCGCAACCCGAAAUUGCAGAUCGUCACAGAAGAAGAUUCAGCAUGAAUUAUAGAAAUGCUUCUCAAAUAAGCACUCGUAGAGGAUCUAAAAAUAGAUUUCUGAACAAAAGGCCCCAAAGAAUUGCUGAAGAAAGCUUUGAAAAGAAAUAUUUUCUUUAUAAAUCAGUAUUGAAAUACAAGAAAAAUUCAAAUUCUAUUUCUCUCACUGACAACAUAAAUAAUUCCACUCUAAAAGUUGAAGAGAAAACUAGAGAGCCGAGAGUCUUUAAGCAGCCUUCAAAGUCUCAGCUAGGACGAUCAAAAGGCUAUCCAAACAAUAAGGUUCUCAGGAAUACAAUCACCACUAAUGGAAAAUCACGGUUUGAUUCUAUUAAUAGGAAGUUUAAUAACUUAAAGGAAACCCAGAGUAUGACAAACGAGGACUCUAACAUUGCAGACACAAAAAUUGAGAAUAAAGCAGAAGAGAUCACUACUAGGAACAAGACAUCUACUCUAAGCACUAGAAAUAGCAUCAAGAAAAUAGACAACAACCUUAGGAUCAUAAAGGAUAUGGGAUAUCACGCCUUUGAAGGCAUUAGAAUCAAAGAAAGCCCUGUUUCUAAAGAAAUCCAGGAGGAGAAGAACCUCAAGAGGAAAUAAGCAGAUUUUUGAAAAAUUAUGACAAACUAGGAAGAAUAAGAGCGUCCUUCGAAAUUUUCAUGAUGAGUAUGUACAAUGCCUGGGAGCUAUGAAACUAUGUGCUAAUGAUCUUGAGAUGAAUCUUAAUACACUUACUCAACCAGAAGUGAAGUUUGAAAUCGACUCACAGCCUGACUCUCCUGGUAAGAUAGAUAAUGAUGGAUCUUAUGUCAAUUAUGGAUUCACUGAAGAACUUCCAGACCAAGAAAGAGAGCAAACUAAUGUCAAGUCUCUUGAAGGCAUCCGAGCCAUUUUAGAGUCUGAGCUACAAGAUAUCUUAGACUGCAAGAAGAAAGAAUACACUAUUGAAGAUACAAAAUAAUGACUUUUGAGAUUAUGGGAAAGUCUUCAAGAAAUUGAUCAGGAUUAUCCUAAAUGUUAAGAACAAUGGUGGAAAUAGCCUCAAAAUGGAUUGGAAAGAACGAGCUCUAUUUGCAAUGAAUCUUGAUCACCUCUGGAGGUCAAUCCUUUUCGCUCAAGAUCGUAUCUUCACUGAAAAUGAUCAAGCUCUGAAAAAUAAGCUUGCUGAAAUGGAGAAAUAUGAGGAUAAAUAUCUACUACUUCAGAAAAAGCUUGAUGAUAAAAAUAAGCAAACAAAGCAAAUUCAGAAUGACUUUUUAAAACAGAUAAAUGAUCUGAAUAAGAAAUUUGAAAAUUUGAAGAAAGACAAGCACCUGAUGACCAUCAUCGCUGAGGACAGAAGCUUCGAGCUUAACUGUAUCAGAAAUGAUGUCGAUAUUAUUGCACUGAAGACAUAUUACAGAGACCUUGAUGACAACAUGCUCCAGGCUUGGAACGAAAAGAAACCCCAAAUGGAGACUUGUCAGAAGUUACUAAAUAUUAUCAAUAGGAUUCUUAAGCAAAAAGAGAAGGAAAGAAAGGGAGUCGACCUCAGCAAGUUCAGAAUGUGGAGAAAGAACAGAAAGAAGAAAGCAUCCUCUGAAGAACCAGAGUUUGAAGAGGAUAUCAUCCUCCAAGGCAAGAAGAAAGAAGAGCCACGAGCUGUUGAUGAGCUUUUGGAGUACCUAUAUACCAACUACACCGAGCUCUUCGUGAUUAACGGUGAAGAGAAGGAUAGAAUUAUGCUUGAAAAAGAAGAGGUAUUCAGGGUACUUGACGAAAUCCCAGAGACUCUCAUUAAAAAGUUGCUUGUUCCUCCUCCAAAAGAUGCCCAGACAAUUGAGAUACAGACCGAUAUGACAAUGCCUCCAGCUGAUUUAGGCAAAGCUGAGUUUGUAAACAGCUUCAAUGAUGCAUAUGGAGAAAAGGAUGGUAAAAAGAAAGUGAAAGGGCCUAAAAAUAACUUACUUAAAACAAUCGGAAGGUUCAUGAUUAAUAAUAAGAAAGAUAAAGUGCAGCCAAUGAUUGAAAGUAAUGCUUUGAAGAUGGUCUCAGGGUUGCUAUCCGACAAAUUGAAGAACGAUAUUGAUUCUGAAAACUCAAACAAGAAGAUCAAGCUCCUACCAAACUAUGCUCUUGACCAACUGAGUAUGAAAUUUGGUUUGAAAACUAUUGCAGUGAAGAAUUUGAUAUCUUUGAAAGAUGGAUUAGCAGCUUCAUCAAAGGUGUAUCAGAAAGAUAAUCCAGGCAAGAUGGCAUACUCACAGUUGCUUUCAUCCAUACUCGGAUUUGAAGGGUCUCCAGAAAUUUCCUAUAGCCAAGAACAAGUAAACUUGAUCAUCAAAGCUAAGCCUCUCUGGAAUGAAGCUCAGGAGCAUUGUAAGAAAACAAUUAAAAUCAGAAAGGACUCAGCAUUCUCUAAAUUAAGUUUUGCAGAUUUCCAAGUUGGAGGAAACUGAUCUUUGCUUGAAGUAAUUGAUGUCUUCACAAAUUGGUGUAAUAAAGACAAAGAACUUCUCGCGAGUUUUAUCCCAAAGCUUACUCCUGAUAUUCCAGAAGAGAUCAAGGACAACCAAAAAGCGAUAGACCAGUUUUACAUUGAUUUUUCUUUGGUUAAAAUUUGCCAUAAAGCAGCCAAACUCGGGAAGACCAUUAAGUAUAUCCACCAAACACUUGAUAAGGACGGAGAUGGGACACUUGAUGCUGAUGAGAUCCUGAACGGACUCAGAGACAAAUUUAACAUCUUCUUUGGAGAAGAAGAGGCCAAAAAUUUGCAUAUACUAUUUGAGGAAGAGACCAAGAACAAAGCUGGAGAAAAAGCUAGGAUACAUUACCUCUGGAACAACUAUUCUGAGACAUAUUACGACCUGUACAGGAUCACUGAGCUCAGAUUCAUCGAGUUACUGCUGCAGGAGUGGGACGAUCAUAUUUUGAGAACUAAUGAGAAACUCAUGAAAAUAUUUGUAGAAUUCGAUGAUAAUGGUGACCAAGUCCUAUCCUUUGAGGAAUUCGAGCAGCUAAUCAAUCAUCUUGAGAAAUCUAUGUCAAGAGACCGGAUUAGCGAACUUUUCAAUGAGACAUUGGAGAUGGACGAGAACUCAGAAGAUUUGGAUAAAAUGAAUCCUGACUGCUUCUGAGAAAUGGCUCUAUCUUAUAAGCUUGGAGGGUACGGCAAGUGCUUUAUUCCAAACCCUCCAAUGGGAAAGAAGAAUAAAUUAUAAUUAUUCAGAUAGGA